CACAACGACAAACGUCGCUAUAAUUUAACAAAUAACAAAAAAAAAUCUAUUUAUUUAAAAAAAAAACCUCCCGUUUGAUAUAAAGAAAAUCAGCUUGUAAAAAUGAAAACCACAUUUCUCUCAAAUUUAAUUCACUUUCCAAUAAUGAUGACAAGUGCAUUGUUAAAUUCAUUAAAUAUCAGAACUCAUUCCACACAAAUAACCCCACUUGAAACAACAAAACGUCAAACAGCCCGUGUUCAAUUUCGUAAAUCAAAUCGUAAAAAAGAAGAAUUCAUUGGUACAUUAACAUUUAUUUCUUCCAAUACAAAAGACUCGACCGUAACUAAAACUGUGGCUUACGGUCAAUGGUUUAAUAUUCAUGAUACAAAUCCAUUAAAUUAUGAAUUUGUCAUAUAUAAAAAUGGGGAAAUACUCAAAGACUUAACAGUUAAUAUACAAAGAAAUUUAUCCAUUAACAAAAAUGGUGCUAAAUUAUUGACCACUUUUGACGAAUUAGAAUUAGAUGGUUCACAAAAUAUUAUUGGAGGUUGUAUAUAUAUAAGUAAUCAAGGCAGAGUUAUUUCUAAAGCUGAAAUUUGUAAAAUUUAAUAAUAUAAAUAAUAAUAAUUGUAUAAUUUAUGUAAUAAUUUUUUUAAUCCAUACUUUAUAAUAUAUACGAACAUUUUAUUAAUAGAGUUAAUAUGAAUCAUUUUAGGUCUGUGACCAAAAUGAUUUCAAAAUUAUAAAAAAAUAAAUAUUACUUGGUUAAUUGAUUUAUAAGAAUAAAAAAUAAAUUUUCGAAUUUACAAAUCGUAUCAUAACUAUAAACCGUAAUUGUUUAAAUGUUUGUCCAAUGUUAGAAUUAACUCAAUGUAAUUAAUCUGAACUCGGUGAGCUCGGUCAUCACAAAAUUUGUAAUACAUAACAUUUAUUUCAGUUAUUUUUCUCAAAUUUUUCCGAUUCCCUAAUUUUUUGCGUCACCAUCUCGGAUCACUCAGAUGGUUUUCAUAUACUAGCCAAUCCCAAAUAACUUUUUUUGUGAUCCUUAAAUAAUGAA